GGUGUGAGCGCACAUCAGUCAGCUCAUUACAGCCGUGGCGCUCUGCGCGCAGCUCACGUUGAAGGCUACUGCUUUUCGAGGAGAAGCUAAAUUGCGUUUGAGAACAUAAACCAUGAAUUAUUUAAAGGCGUGAGGUCAUCUGAGCGUCUUUCCACACGGCUCAACUUGCACAAGCGUAGACAUUAGUGAGCAGACACGUUGUCCCGGGCGGUUAGCGCGCACGGACAAAUCAUGCACUGCCAGGCCGAGCUGAGGCUCUCCUCCCUCGGGCAGCUGAAGGCUGCCAGGCGGCGCUACAAGACUUUCAUGAUAGACGAGAUCCUCUCCAAGGAGACUUGUGAUUAUUUUGAGAAACUCUCUCUGUACUCGGUGUGUCCUUCGCUCGUUGUCCGGCCGAAGCCUCUCCAUUCGUGUUCUGGCUCCGCGUCGCUGCGCGCCUACCCGCUGCUCUCGGUGAUCACCCGGCAGCCUCCCAACUUGGCCGCCCACCUGCCGCGGCCGCCGUCCCCGGGCGGGGCGCCCCUGCCCCUGCUGUCCCCGCAGCACGCGCGCGGCUCCGAGCCGUCGCCCAGCCAGACGCCGCUCAGCAUCAGCAGCGAGUCGGACGCGGAGCGCAGCACGCCGCGCCUGAAGAAGCCCCGCCGCAGCCGCACCAUCUUCACCGAGCUGCAGCUGAUGGGCCUGGAGAAGAAGUUUCAGAAGCAGAAGUACCUGUCCACGCCCGACAGGUUAGACCUGGCCCAGUCGCUUGGCCUGACACAGCUUCAGGUGAAGACGUGGUACCAGAACAGACGCAUGAAGUGGAAGAAAAUGGUCCUCAAAGGUGGUCACGAGGCCCCGACUAAGCCCAAGGGGAGACCCAAGAAGAACUCUAUUCCGACCACGGAGGAAAUAGAGGCGGAGGAGCAAAGGAUGAAGCUGGAGGAGGAGGAGAGGAUGAGGAGGGCGGCUGAGGACGAAGCGCUGCGUCGCGGAGGGGACGCGCCUCAGCUCGAACCUCAAGACCUCAGCUCGGCAGCCUGCGGCUCCGCCGGCGCGAUGGAGGAGUGCGAGCGCGAGGCGCCGCUCCUAAUGCAGCCAGAGACGCACGCAGCCAGCUAAGCCAGAACAAAGCAACCAAAGACUAAUGCCAGCCCCAAACGAAUGGUGCCUCAGGAUCACUGUAAAAAGCCGGUGCGGCGUUCAGACCCACUCGAUUUAGGUAUUCGACCGCUGCACCCUCUCGUUACCCAGCGUAGCCUUGUAUUAUUUGCGACCGGGAACGCGGCCGAAAACGCGUAGACGCUGAUUGCACUGGUUAGAACGUUGGCCUUCGGUCGACAACGCGAGGAGUGUAAAUCUGUCAAACCCAAACAGGUCCGUCAAGCCUUAACAACCACACGCUGACACGUACCGCAGCUCGUGGUCGUACGCGCCGCCGAUCCCCAGCGCUGCCUCAACGUGGUGCACGUGCCAAAUUAUCAAAGUUUGCCUUAAUGUAGUGACUCGCUCUCCACUGCCCAAACACGGUGGCAGGAAACGGCUGCAGUGCCUUGUUGGUCUCAGAGGAAAUCCUUUAAAAGUGUUGAUCAAAUCUACUAUCGAAUGCAAGUCUAUUUUUACAGUGAUUUUUAAUUACAAGUGCCAAUAGGAAACUCCUCAGCUCUCCUGUACAGCGCAUUGGGUCAUUAUUUGCUCAGUAAAGCUUUGUUUUAUAAAAAACAGUAUCUCUGUCACUGUAUCAUACUGUACAAAUAUGUAUAAAGUAUAAAGUAUAUGGUCUUUCAGAUGUUUAUGUAAAACAGUAUUUUUAACUGCUGUUUUCGAUUGGAUUAAACACGUUUGUAUGUAAAGGGUAACAGCCGUCCUCCAUCACGUUUCUUCUUCUUUUCUUUUUUUUUUCCACGGAAGCUGGGAUGACUCCGCUUUCUGCCACGAGGCCACUAAGACUCUUAAGCUGUCAGAGAUUUUCAGAGGGAAUAAAUCACAGCCCGUGCCAGAGAUGCACACAAGCAAAAAGCUGAACAUUUCGGAUCUCGGAGGUGUUUUCAGCCUGCAGGCUUCGCUUUAACACUUAGACUCUGCAAAUCGGUGCGUGAGACGUGCGCUAACAGAAGCCAGUGGCGGCGGCUUGGCUACACACACAGCGAACCCUCCAUUACUGCAAAGAGUUAUUUUUAUUUGUUAUCGUUGCAUAUGCAAAGUGCAGUAUUUUUCUGAUGUAAAUAAUGCUUGUUUGGUAUAAGCUUGUUUUGCAUUUUUUAAGUGUGUGUUAAAUCAUUUUUGCUAUAUUCAAGUGUUUGUUUACGUAUUUAAAUACACAAUAAAAUUUAUUUCCUUUGA